UUUUACCUGCAAGGUAGCAACAAUGUCUCGACGCACGCUGCAAUGGCCGCGCACUGUUUGGUUGUUGACAACGGCGGUGGUUCCAUAAAAGCCGGUUUCACGACGCAAAAUGUUCCCAGGGUGCUGCCCAACUGCAUCACCAAAGCGAAGAGCGAGCGUCGACGCCAGUUCAUUGCCGACCAGCUCGAUGACUGCAAGGACAUGUCGGGCCUCUUCUACCUGCUGCCCUUCCAGAAGGGCUACCUGGUCAACUGGGAAGUGGAGAAGCAGGUGUGGGACUACAUGUUCGGCAAGGACGUCUUCAACUGCCAGUUUGAGGAGACAUGCCUGAUCCUGACGGAGCCGUACUUCAACUUCCCUUCCAUCCGGGAGAGCCUGGUAGAAGUGCUUUAUGAGGACUACCAGUUCCACUCCCUCCUCCUCACAACGGCGGGUGCCCUGAGCGCCCUCAAGUACCGUAAGGAGCGUGUGCGGGAGAUGGCGUGCGUCGUGGUCGACAGUGGUUUCUCCUUCACGCACAUCGCUCCCUUUCUUCGCGGCAAGCUGAUCAAGGCCGGCAUCCGCAGGAUAAACCUGGGAGGCAAGGCGUUGACCAACCACCUGAAGGACAUCAUCUCCUACCGGCAGCUCCACGUCAUGGACGAGACGUACGUCAUGAACCAGGUCAAGGAGGACGCCUGCUUUGUCUCCACUUCCUUCAACGAACACAUGAAGAUUGCCCGGAAGCACGGUUCAGAGAACACCGUGGCCCGAGACUACGUCCUGCCCGACUACACGGUCAUCAAGCGGGGCUACAUCCGGCCACUGGAGGAGACGACCGGCAAGCCCAAGGACAACGAGCAGCUCCUGAGGCUGAACAACGAGAGGUUCAUGGUUCCCGAACUGCUCUUUCAUCCCUCCGACAUUGGCAUCGAAGAGAUGGGCAUCCCAGAGGCAGUCAACCACGUUGUUGAGACCCUUCCAAAGGAGAUGCGACCGCACAUGCUGAAGAACGUCCUCCUGAUUGGUGGAAAUGCCUGCUUUCCUGCCUUUGGCGAACGAGUGUACACCGACCUGCGUUCCCUGUGUCCUGAGAUCUGCGAGGUGAAUGUCACAGCACCAGACAAUCCCAUCACGUAUGCAUGGCACGGAGGGGUCAUGGCCUACCAAGACCCCGAUAUGAACAAGCUCAUCGUGACCAAGAAGCAGUACGAAGAGAACGGCACCGCCUACUGCUUGGAAAAGUUCGACUCGUGACGCGCUUGUGUGUGAUCGACUCGACGCAUCUCGAUUUCAACAUCUCCUCAAUUAUGGAUGUCAGUGUGGAUUAAUUAACUGUGUGCAUGCGUGGAACAUUGGAAGCGUGUGUUGUGUGCUUGGGACCAUAAUAAAAGACUGAUUUCUUCA